AUGAAGUUCACUCUGAUCUCCUCCGCUCUCUUCCUGGCCACCGCUGGCAUGGCCUCCCCAGACGGUAUUGAUGUGAACUCUAUCGUCUCCAACGCCGAAGGCAUCUACUCAACUGCCGUCGACGGCGGCCAAUCCAUCGGAUCCGACAUUGCCUCAAAGGCCACUUCUUUCGCUGAAGCAGUGAGCACAGGUGGAGCCGCCGCCGUCUCAUCCAUCGAAAGCGACGCUUCUGCCGCCGCCAGCGAAGGCCGCUCUAUCGGCUCUGAGAUUACCAGCCGUAUUGUUACUGCGCUUUCUGCUCAGACUACUCUAACCAACUCCGCCGGCUCAACCACCGCUACCGAGUCCGCUACCAUAACCAGCACAAUCUCAACUGGGUCUCCUUCCACCUCUUCCACCUCUUCUGGCUCUUCCACCUCUUCUGGCUCUUCCACCUCUUCCGGCUCUUCCGGCUCUUCCGGCUCUUCCAGCUCUUCCUCCAUCUCUGACAAUGCCGCCUUCGCUCGUCCCACUGCUAUCGGCGCCGUUGCUGCGGGUAUGGCCGGUGUCCUUGGUGUCAUGGUUGCACUAUAA